UAGGUUCUCCUCCUUUAUAAACUUUACGGUGAAGCCAAAUACUCGAUUCUUGCGAUUCUCGUUUGAUCUGUUUACACUCGGGGACGCCUUUCAGCUGCAUUAUAUCUCAAAUUGGGUCCUCAGGAAAUGGACGGAGAGAAGGAUGGGAAACAGAAGGGUCAGAAGAAGAUGGGCGUAUCUGUAGGACCAUGGGGUGGAAAUGGGGGAACCACUUGGGACGAUGGAACCUACCAUGGAGUCCGAGAGAUUAAACUUGUAUAUGACCACUGCAUCGAUUCCAUCUCCGUGGUUUACGACAAGAACGGUAAAUCUGUAAGAGCUGAGAAGCACGGUGGUUUGGGUGGCAACAAGACAGCAGAGGACCACUUGUCUUUUUUCUAGAUAAAGCUGCAAUACCCAGAUGAGUAUUUGAUCUCGAUGAGCAGAUACUACUGCCCGGUGGUUCGUGGCUCAUCCGUGAUCCGGGUACUGACUUUCAAGAGCAACAAACGAGAGUACGGAACUUAUGGAGUGGAACAAGGAACACCCUUCAUUUUCUCGGUUGAAGGAGGGAGAAUCAUUGGGUUGAAUGGAAGGAGUGGUUAGUAUCUUGAUUCCAUUGGGUUCCGUUUAUCACGUCCCAAAUCAACCAAGUUCAUCCACAAGCUUCAGAAGACCAUUCAGAGGCUCACAAGCAAUGUAACAUGAUACUGUCUCCUAUAUGCCGAUCUGCCUAGAAUACAGCACUUAGAUCUAUAUGAAUAAGGAUGUAUUCCGUGUUUCCGCUGCUUGAUUCAGUCUGUCUAUGAAUAUAUGUAAUAUACAUAUAUAUAUAUAUAUAUAUAUAUAUAUAUAUAUAUAUAUGCAGACAUUCGAAACACGAGCUAAUGUAUCAGCAAAAGCAUCAGUGCAAACAUGUAAACCCAGUUGUGUUUUAUACAAGCAAAGCCUACUCCAGAGAGAGCAACUUACAGAAAUAUGGCAACGUUGAAAGA